AUGCCGGUUGGAAAACGUGGACUUGUAGCUCCACAAAACACGUUUUUGGAGAAUGUUAUCCGGCGGUGUAAUAAUGCAGAUACAUCAUUCAUACUAGCCAAUGCACAAGUCGUCGACUAUCCCAUCGUGUAUUGCAAUGACGGGUUUUCAAAGCUCGUCGGGUAUACUCGAGCCGAGAUUAUGCAGAAACCAUGCUCGUUAGCAUUUAUGCACGGCGAGCACGGAGAAGUGGGAAGUCUACAGAAAAUGCAGGAAGCUUUGGAGAAUGCAAGAACAGAACAGGCAGAAAUUGGAUUGUGUAAAAAGAAUAAGACCCCAAUCUGGCUGCUUGUCCAUCUGGCGCCAAUCAAAAAUCAUAAAGAUGCUGUAGUACUGUAUCUGUGUCAGUUCAAAGAUAUCACGCCGCUAAAACAACCGUUGGAUGAUGAAAACAAUAAAGGUCUAUCCCGAAUAUUGCAAAUCGCUCGAAUCGCCAAAUCGAAACAACAAUUCAAUCAAAUCGAAACGAAGGAUCUUCACAAGUCGCCGGGAAACACAUCCAGUAACUUCAAUCAGGUUAUCAAGGUUGAGAGUCUUGACGCUUCUUUCUGUUGGUGUCACGUUCCGGACGACACCGUUAAUUGGUCUUAA